CUCCCCCCCGAGGUCUAGGGCUUGCAGUUCGACCCCAAGGUAACGCCACCUUUCGAUAGAUCUCCGUUUUUUUGGAUUGUAAAAAAGCAGAAAUCCAAUCUUUAAUUAGUUUUUAUUAUUUUUUCGAUCCGGCAUGGCGGCGGCGGCAGCAGUGCCGGCGCCAGUGUUGCCCGCGGAUUCGUUGGAUUACUGGCGGAAGUUCUUCAGCAGCGCGGCGAACGCCGACAUCUUCCGGGUGAUCGAGAAAGCAAUCGCGGUCGCCGCUGCAGACUCUCCCGACGAGCUCCGUGCCCGGCGCGCUCGGAUCGCCGAGGCACUCUAUGUCUGCCUCGCGUGCACGUGUUCUACUCACCGCCUACAUAAUCAUCAUCAUAAUCAAGAAGAAGCCGAUCAAAAGGAGGAGGAGGAGGAUCGCCGUGUGGGGAGCAAUUUGAGCUACAACGAGGCGGAGACGCUCACGGAGAAGAUCAAGGAGGAGAGUCACACGCUCAGAGAGGUUUUGAGAAUCAAAGGCGUUCUCAGCGCUGGCCGGGAGCAGUCGUACGGGGUGCUGUUCGAGUCGCUGAGAAGGCUGCAGCUGAUAGAGCUUUCGGUGCAGACGCUGCAGGAGGUGAGAUUGGAAAGAUGGGAGGGCAUAGGGGACUCAACAUCUUGCUCUAGAGGCAUCGGAAUGUCUACAAUUGCAAGAACCACGAGGUGUGCUGCGAUGAGGAGGGGCGGCAUGGAAGGAAUAGCUCAAGCGACACUGAGUUCCGCUUUGAGAGACUCCGCCAAGCCUUAGCCUCGCCACGGUCCUCUCCUCCGCCGCCGCCGUUGCCGUUGCCAUCGCUGUUGUACCAGAGGAGGCGGCUCCUCCCUUUGAACCAGAAUCAAUUUUCAACCCUCACAACUUACCCUUAUAUAUCUUCACCAUUCAUCUUUUCCUUUUGCUUUUUCUUUUUCCCCCCUCUGCUCUUUUUAUUUUUUUCUUCUAUUGUUUUUAUUAUAUUAUUUUUUCUUGCUUAGUUUGCGGUGGUGCCCAACUCCUACUAGGACCUCGACCACGAUCGCAAGAAAACGAAGAACAUCAAGCACAACGGCAACAUAUCCCUCGACGACGUGGUCAAGAUCGCCCACGGUAUACGCCCUCGAUCCAUGGGCAAGGACCUCUCCGGCAUUGUCAAGGAGAUCCUUGGCACCUAUGUCUCCGUCGGGUGCACCGUCGACUGCCCCGACGCGUGAGAUCGGUUGCUUCUUUAUCCUUCUCUUUUAAAGAUUAGAUUUUUAUUCAUCCUUUAAUGAUUUUGAUUCAUGUAGUAGUUUUCGAGACUUCAAUUUGCAAUCUCUAUAUGGUCGUACUGAGUAAGAUGAUGUUGAGCUAUUCUUGGGUUAAAUUAAAUGAUUGUUCUCUUUCGCUCAAUUCGUCAUAUUAGAGUAAAAGAAAGUUAAUUUGCGAUAAACAAAUGGUUAUUUUGUUUGCUCUUCAUAAUUGUUUUGUUUCA